AUGAACUGGACGGCCGCGACGUGCUGGGCGCUGCUGCUGGCCGCCACCUUCCUCUGCGACGGCGGCGCGGCCAAGGGCGGCCGUGGGGGGGCUCGCGGCAGCGCCCGGGGAGGGCUGCGCGGGGGCGCGCGGGGGGCCCCGCGGGUGCGCGUGAGGCCGGCGCCGCGCUACGGGGGCUCCUCGCUGCGCGUGGCGGCGGCGGGGGCGGCGGCGGGGGCGGGGGCGGCCGCGGGCCUGGCGGCGGGGUCCAGCUGGCGGAGGGCCCCGGGCCUGGGGGAGCGCGACCCCGACGACGGCGAGGACGCGGCCCCGGGCGGCAACGGGACGGGCCGAGGCGUGUACGGCUUCCGCGCGUGGACCUCGGGCGCCGGACCCACGGGCAGCCCGCGCCUCUGCCUGCUGCUGGGCGGCGCCCUGGGCGCGCGGGGGCUGCUGCCGCCCUAG